AAGAAAAAGGUUGUCAGACGAAAACGUGUGGGACCUGAGGUAUCUCCAGACAGGACAGGAGCUUGGUAAUAACGUUGAAGGCCGAAGAAUAGAGGGCAUUUCGGUAGAUGUUCUACAGUCGUGAAUGCAUUACAUGUCAUUUUUUAUACCCAGGAAAGGAUCUUCUUGACAAGAGACAGAGCGCACGGUCGCACCACGCCACAGCUGACUGACAGAUCGCCGGUCGUAAACUGACGUUAGGAGUGGAGCGAAGAAACGAAGAAAGUUAUCGGUCUCUUGGGCCGUUGUCUGUUUAGCACCAACGUGACUAAUAAAACACUAACGUAGAUACAUAAAUUGUAUGAUGGCGGACUACCUGAUCAGUGGACAGACUGGUUACGUACCCGAUGAUGGACUCAGCGGGCAGCAACUCUUCAACUGCGGGGACGGCCUUACCUACAAUGACUUCCUGAUUCUCCCAGGGUACAUUGACUUCACAUCGGAACAGGUGGAUUUAACUUCAGCCCUGACGAAGCAGAUCACCAUGAAAACGCCAUUUGUAUCCUCCCCCAUGGACACCGUCACUGAGUCGGCGUUGGCCAUAGCCAUGGCACUCACGGGGGGAAUAGGCUUCAUCCACCACAACUGCACUCCAGAGUUCCAGGCCAACGAGGUCCGCAAGGUCAAGCGGUACGAGCAGGGUUUCAUCACUGACCCGGUGGUGAUGAGUCCUACAGACCGUGUGGCUGACGUGUUCCAGGCCAAGGCACGCCAUGGCUUCUGCGGCAUCCCCAUCACAGACAGCGGCCACAUGGGCGGGCACCUCGUUGGCAUCAUCUCCUCGCGGGACAUUGACUUCCUGAAGGAGGAGGAGCACAUCCUGCCACUCAACGAGGUGAUGACGAAGCUUGAGGACCUUGUCGUAGCUCCAGCUGGAGUGACACUGAAAGAGGCCAAUGAGAUUCUGCAGAGGAGUAAGAAAGGUAAGCUGCCCAUAGUGAACAAGGAGGGCUGCUUGGUGUCCAUCAUCGCCAGGACAGACCUGAAGAAGAACAGGGACUUCCCCCUGGCCUCUAAAGACUCACGCAAACAGCUGCUGUGUGGGGCAGCCAUCGGCACGCACAACGACGACAAAUACAGACUGGACCUGCUGGUGCAGAGCGGCGUAGAUGUGGUCGUACUAGACUCCUCUCAAGGGAACUCGAUCUUCCAAAUCAACAUGAUUAAGUACAUCAAAGAGAAAUACCCACAGCUUCAGGUCAUUGGAGGCAAUGUGGUAACUGCAGCCCAGGCCAAGAACCUGAUCGACGCCGGGGUGGACGGCCUGCGAGUGGGCAUGGGCAGUGGCUCCAUCUGCAUCACACAGGAAGUGUUGGCGUGUGGGCGCCCCCAGGCCACCGCCGUGUACAAGGUGUCUGAGUACGCCCGUCGAUUCGGGGUGCCAGUCAUCGCCGAUGGGGGCAUCCAGACCGUGGGGCACAUCGCCAAAGCCCUGGCACUUGGGGCAUCUACAGUGAUGAUGGGCUCUCUCCUGGCUGCCACCAGCGAGGCUCCAGGUGAAUACUUCUUCUCUGACGGCAUUAGGCUGAAGAAGUACCGAGGCAUGGGCUCACUGGAUGCCAUGGACAAGAACCUGGGCUCCCAGACCAGAUACUUCAGUGAGUGUGACAAGAUCAAGGUGGCCCAGGGUGUGUCGGGGACGGUCCAGGACAAGGGCUCUAUCCAUAAGUUUAUUCCCUACCUGCUGGCUGGGAUCCAACACUCCUGUCAAGACAUCGGAUCCAAGAGCCUCACCCAGCUCAGAGCCAUGAUGUAUUCUGGGGAUCUGAAGUUUGAGAGGAGGUCGUCUUCGGCCCAGAUGGAGGGAGGAGUCCACAGCCUGCACAGUUAUGAGAAGUGCCUGUUCUAAAGACGAGAACAACAGUAGUGGGCUGCAGACUUGUGUUCCUCAAGCGUACGCACAUGAAAGCACACACAACUACUUGACAACCCCCCCCACACACUAACACAAAUGUCAAUUAUGCCUAAACCAUCAGUCUUCCCCUUCUGUUGUUCCCUGUCUAUGCCGAGGGAGAGCAGAGCAUGUCUGUCUUGUCUAUCCGUCAGUAUUGUGAUGGAGUGUUUCGGUGUUAUCAGACGCCUUCCAUGUCUUACUGACGUGAAUAAAGGUGAAUAAGUCAAAUAAAAAUGUUUUUUUUCCACA